UUCAAAUUUCAAUACUAAAAAAUUAUUAAUUUGUCUAGCCAUUUCAUCUGCAACAUCUACUCCUUCGUCUUCCUCUACACUAUUCUAUUCUAUUAAUCAAUCAUCAUUCAUCCACCAUCCAUCCACUUUCUCCAACCUACCUUUCUAGAUCUCUCACCCUGUUCUUUUUCUCUCAGAUCCUUUUGCUCCGUGGUUAUUUUUGGAUGUAUAUCAACUUGAUCUUUCUUUUCUUUUUUUCCUUGCUAGAAAGCAUUUCAAUCUCAAGUGGAUUGCAUUGCGGAUUUUCAUUUUUCUACCCUUGAGACCAACAUUCACAAAGGUCCUGAACAUCAAGAUAAUUGAAGCUUAAAUAGUUUUCUUUUAAAGCUACAUAAGUUGAUUUAGGCAAUCAGAUUUCCUGGGAUAAUGUUGGGGGGCAACGAGAGAAAUCCUGUGCUUCCUGUUUUUCUGGACGGGACUCAAUUUCAGUAUCAAGCUAAUGUGGCAAAUCAGCUGCAGUUGUUUGGAAAUUUACAAGCUGGAUGUAAUGUUGAUCCAGUUAAUUACUUCGGAAAUGAGCAUAUCGGUUCCAUGAUUCAGCCUAAUAAGCGAGGCAAGGAAAUGGAAGAUAUCUCAAAGCAGCAAAGGCUUCAGAUUUCCUUAAAUUACAAUGUCUAUCAAGAUGAUGCUGAUCGAUCAGCAAGUAUUCCAAACCCUAACCCGGUGUCAACAGGAUUGAGGCUUUCGUAUGAUGAUGAUGAGCGCAACUCAUCUGUUACUUCAGUGAGUGGCAGCAUGACUGCCACGCCUUCUGUCAUAUUGUCCCUUAGUGACAAUAUCAAAACAGAGUUUGAUAGGCAACAGGAAGAGUUGGAUCAGUAUAUUAAACUUCAGAAGGAACAAUUGUCCAAAGGAGUAAGAGACAUGAAGCAAAAACACAUGGCUUCUCUUUUUACUUCCAUUGAGAAAGGUAUUAGUAAGAAGCUAAAGGAAAAAGAUGUGGAGCUAGAGAACAUGAACCGUAAAACUGGGGAACUAGCAGAGAGAUUAAAGCAAGUAGCCAUUGAAGCACAAAACUGGCACUAUAGAGCAAAGUAUAAUGAGUCAGUUGUCAAUACGUUAAGGAAUAAUCUCCAGCAGGCAAUUUCACAAGGAGUUGAGCAAGGUAAGGAAGGGUUUGGAGACAGUGAAGUUGAUGAUGCUGCCUCAUACAUAGAUCCCAAUAACUUCAUGAGCAUUCCAGGUAUGCCUGUCAAAUCUACUUACAAGAGUUACCAAGGAAUGGAGAAUUUGACUUGCAGAGCAUGCAAGGCAAAGGAGGUUUCCAUGUUGUUGAUACCUUGUAGGCACCUGUGCUUGUGUAAGGACUGUGAUGGAUUUAUCAAUGUUUGUCCUGUUUGUCAACUUAUAAAAACUGCAAGUGUCGAGGUUUAUCUGUCUUAACUUACAAAAGGGUUAGUACUUAAAACUAAAAUGGAAUAACUGUUUGCUUUGUGUGAUUUAUCUGGCCAAGUUCUUAAUUUUCAAGUAAAAAGUACUUGUCAAUAUAAAAAUCUACUACUUCCAAGGAUAUUUCUACCCAAGUUUCUUGUGUUUAUAG